ACCACGUGACAGCAGCCCAGUUUCCCGCCUGUAUUUGUAAUUAUUUAUUUAGUCCCGGAAACUGCAGCGGAGUGACAGCUCUCUGUUCCGAAACAGUCCGGGUGGAGGAAAAGUGUCCUAAUUUUAGAUAAAGGAGCGCAUUUACAACUUUCUUAACGCGGGUGGACGUGACUGACACGGAUUGUGGGUAACAAAAACGGGUUUACUUUUCCAGGGAGAUUCGCUGUUGCAUGUGCACAUCACAGCCUGCCGUGUGCCUCCGCCGCCUGUGCAGCAUUACAAAGAUUCACCCUCUGCAAAUACAGGUAACUCACAAUAUGAUGAUGACCGUUCUUGUAAAGACAGUAAAGAUGAAAACAGGAAAUUAAAUCUUUAACUUUCAAUAGUAAUGCUUUCAGACAGAGUAAUGCGUGGGUGGAAUUCAGCUGCAGUUUUGGUGUCUGCUUUGAGUCUUUUCUUCUUUUCUCACAGAACUGGCCAGUCUAGUGAAAUAAGUGUGUGGGUUUAAGUUUAAUUUUUAAAAAUAUUUUUUAGAUUUUUAUUUUAUUUUAUUUUAAGUUUUCUCUUUUUAAUUCGUGUAUAUUAUACUUGUACAGAACUAUUUCCCCCUGAGAUCAGCUGGUAUUGAGAUUAAUUGCUGCAUGUUGACUGUCUUUGCUCUAAACAGCUGAUCAGGUUUAGUGUAUUUUAGGAAAGAGGAUUAAUAAACCAAAGGUCUCACCAAUAAUGGAUAGAAGCUCACCAAUUUCAAAGUAAAAGUAGUCAUUCUUACAUAAAAACAUAGUUUGGAAAAAGUAAAAGCUCUGCAUUUAAGGAGGCAAAGGGGGUAGGAUUACGCGGCAUUUACUAGAACAGACUUGGUAGUUCUUAUGUACAGUUGAAUUAGUUAAAAAUAAUAAUAAAAAAGAGACAGUAGUUACAAAUAUACAAUAGGUUAAAUAAUGGUAAGUUUAGGAAUCAAAAAAUCUUACACCCCAUGAACACAGGCUGUAGUUCAUGAAGCAGUCCAAGGUCACUUUCUGAUCUAUGGCCCUAUGCUGCAUGUCAUUCCCUACUCUCAAAAAUAACAAUAUAAUACUGACAAUAACAAAUCUUCAGUGUUUAGUUCUCUGAUAAAUAUUAUGGAGCAACAGGAAUUAUGAAGUCAGAAAACUUGUAAACAGCAGAAAAUGUCACAUUAUUCUUCUUUGAGGUGUAGUUAUCCAACUGAAGUCAGACACACUUCACACACCGAGCAUUGCACUGAGUUCCCCAGCGAGGUGGUUUUCCUGUAAUGAAGUUUAGAUACCAGCAGGUGGCGGUGUAACUUCACUCUUACUUAAACCUUUUUAACACCUGCUGCACAGAAUAAGACUUACUUUCUUGUGCGCCUGAUUUCAUUCAGAUCUUAGAAAGUACAUCAGUAGCUUUAUCUGAUGCAGUGUGUCUUUGACAACGAGCUUUUCUCACGAGCAUGCUGAUAUCUCUUUUAAGUUUCUAAAAGCUAUGAUUUGUUUGACUGUGUAGUGGCCUGAUCAGGAGAUUGUUUAGGUCUCAGUCAGGAGUUGUAUGAAUGUACACAAACAUUUAAGUACAGUUCUCUAACAUAUACUGACCUGCUGUUUACGGCCUUUUUUAAGGGAAAGAUUGAAACUUUAAUUUUUGCACCCCUGAAGUACAACUACUGUAUAUACACAGCUUUAUCUAGAUAAAAGGAGCUGGGGGGGAGUUUUUAGUUGUAUCUGAAUAGUGUAACAACAGCAGGUCAAUAUUUUUAUCACAUAGAGGAUAUUUGCAUUUAUAUCAUAAUGUUAUUUUAGGCUGUAAAAGUAACUUAACAUCUAUAUUAUGGAUUACUUGGUGUUUCAUAAGGGUUUAUCAUUCUCAGAGAAGUUACAGGAUGAGGAGAGUCAUUAGUUAGCCAUCGAGCUCUGCUCUGUGUGAGCAAACAAUACACAAACACAAAUCAGGACUUGCUGCUUUGUGUCAACAGGGAGCACAACAAAGAUGCUGCACUGAGUGAUAUGUCAUUAGUGAGCAGGUGGGGACGACGGACCGAGAGCUGCUGCCUCUCCAACUAAGUAAUGAAGGGGUUUCCAUGGCAACCGGGCUGCCUGUUUUCAUCUCUGUGUGUGAGGGCAGUGGAGAUCAAAGUCUGCUGUCCUUGAUUCAGCUGUGAGUGGAGGGUUAAAUAGCGGGGUUGCAGGGGGAAAUCCCCUCAUUAAACUUAACCAAAUCUGCUGUAAGACACAGCUGAUAGUUUCUGCAGAGGCAGCAGGUAGACCCAGGCUGUCCACAGGUUCAGGCUGCUGCUGCUGCUGCUGUGGACUGAACGAAGAUCUGAUUCUGUCGUGUUCAGCUCAAGGAUUAAAAGUUCUAAAGAAGUGAAUCCAUGAGUGUGAAGAUGUAGUUUUAGGAGUUUACUCAGAAUAAGUUUUUCCUGUUUCUUUUUUUCUUGUAUCUGAAUCAAAACUGGAUUAAUGGGAUCAAAGCUCAGAUUUAGGAGACUGAGAAAUUUGAACACAAAAAUGAACAAGUCUGAAUAGUUAAUUAAAUCCCUAAUAAGCAAGUUUCAUUAAUAAUUAUUUCAGCAUUAAAAAUAUCUUAACUUACAUAUGACUUUUGUUGCCUUUUUUACAACAGUUCUGACCACGGUCGGGAAAAAGAAAUAAUUUACAGACUUCGAUAAACUGAAAUUCAAAAUUUUCAGGAGUUUUCAGAUGAAAAAAAGUUUGAUUAAUCGGUCUAAUUAUUCUGUGUUGCUGACUGGAAAAAUGAAAUAAACCUACGAUCAGGCCUAAACUGUUCAUCAAUAAUUCCACACACUGUUCAACAUAUCAGCAUGUUGAUGUAAACACACCUUUUACAGUUAAUACAGUUACUGUUAUUUUUCAUCAAAGCGGUUGUUUGUUUGUUAGGAUGACAAAUCUCGUUUUUUUACCCACCUCUCAGAUUUGCUUUAUGUCAGACUGGACCCCUUCUUGCCUCCCUGGUGAUCAGUAAAUGUCAGAAAGCAGGAUUUUUUUUUGUGUGUGGGUGUGUUUUUGUUAUUUGGAGACAAACUUUAGGUCCUGCUGCCGUUUUAGCUUUUGGUCCCUUCAGUGGUAAAAGGAUUACUCUCAUUGUUUGGGGGGUUAUGGUGAGCACUGAGGUGUUCCCAGUGUUCAAGGAUGGCUCUAAUUAGAUUGCUGUAACCCUCAUAUGAGCAGCGACACUCCUGGUGGUCCAGUACCGGGACACAGAGGGACACGCAGGGCUCAGCUUUUUGACUGUGGAGAGCUGCAAGAACAACAGUGUGAAAGGAGUUACAGGGGGAAAGGGGGGCUCUUUCAAAUCCUUUUUAAAACCUUUUGUCAUUUAUACGGGGAUUUAUUUGUCAUUAAAGAAAACUAAUAGCACAGUUUGAUCCUUUUCAAAUAAAAAAGAAGACUUUAAAAUACAGACACUGACUUUGAUAUCAGACAGAAAUCCGUUCAAAAGAAAAUCUAGAAGAUUAGCCUGUUUGGAAACCUGCGGCUGCAUUCUCUAUUGCAACAUGCUCCCCGUCUAGCCCCCAGGUUUAAGCAUUUUCCUUCUCUUUAUGUUGAAUUUAGUUAAAGCAUAUUCACUAGAGAUGCACUGACUGUGAAAAUCAAAGCUGAUGUGAUGUUUAAAAUAUCGAUUAGUCUCUUUUUACCUUUUAUUUUUCAAUUUCCAGAUAAACGGGCUUGUGUGCAUGACUUCCCCUGCGGGUGUAACUUUUGUAGGUGUGACUGGACUUUAGCUGAGUGACCGGUCUGCUGCUGCUGCUGCUGCUGAACCGUCUGUGUGAGACCUUAAUAACUGGGCUGCUGAUUUAUUGCCUGUACUCAGCAGUAUCUUCUUUUAAAAAGAGGCCCACACAAAAGCCUAGACCAUCAUCCCCUCGCCCUCCUGUUGUUUUUAAUAGUUCUUAGGAUGUAUUGGGGAAAAAAAAAAAAAACAUUGGUAAUGGGGGGUUUCAGCCCGCAAAGAGGCAAAUUUAGAGAAGAUUGAGUGCUCAAAGACAGACGAGUGUGAGAUUUUUAAAGGGUUGUUUACAAAUGAAGCUUUUAGGAGUUUAUCUAUAUGCUUUUCAGUUUAUAAUUGUCUGUAGAUGUUACUGUAAAAAUCAGGAAAGCUUUCAGGGUGCAUCUUUAUCGCUUUUCACUCAGAAGGCUGCUAUUUUCCUUCAGCAGUGACCCCUCUCCUCCUCACAUGUCCCCUCAGAGGGCGAUAAGGUGCCGCUGGACAGAGGCCGUUCUUAUCUCCCUGUUGCCCUCUUGUCAGUUGUUUUAUGGGUUGUAGCUCUUUUGUUUCCUUGUUCGCUCCCUGAUCCCUCGCACUCAUUCCUCAUGGAAGUUGUUAGAAGGCCGAGAAUAGCUUUAAGAGAGGAGACCCCUCCUCCUUCUCCUCUUUGCUCCCCUCUUCUCCUCCUCUGUUCCCUCUUUAUUGAAUCCCUCCUCCGUAUCAUUUAUCUCUGCACUCCCCUCCUCCUCCUCCUCCUCUGUCCCCUUUUCUCAGUUCAAGGGGGCCGUUAGGGGGCAUCCUCUUUUCUCUCCCAGCUGGGUUUGUUGACACACAGUCAAUCUACGGAUCCCUUUCACCUCAGCCACCCCUCUUUUUUACUCUCACCCCUCUUUACGUUCAACCCUCCGUUUUCCCUGAACAGUAAAGCUGCCACAGCUGUGGACUGUAUUAGCAUAGCUGCUGAGGGGCAGAGGGGGGGUGUUAAAUAUAUUGCAGCCAUUACCUUUUGUCCAACAGUUGACACUUUUAAAACAUUUCAGCGUCUUUCUGUGCAAAGGGAGCAAGGAGAAAAGGAUGAUUUCAGUGUAACAGCUUUUUAAAUAUGGGAAACAGAAGAGCAAUGUGGGAAGAAAAUCCCCGUAAACAGGUCAGAAUCUAAUUAGCGCAGAAAAAGUCUGGAAAAAAACAGGCACAGAAGCCCAGUCUGAACUGAGGACAAUAAAAAAAAUCUCAAAGUCGUGUGGAAGAAUGUCACUUUGGACUAAUAACACUCAGGACAGCUUAUAAACUGUGAUUUACCAUCUGCUUCAUUUAGCUCCAAUCAGUUGUUGUUGUUUUUUUCUCGCUCUCAUUAGGUGUGGGAAUGAGCAAGUCCAGGUCCAGCUGGGAUAAGAAAGCUUCCCAGCCUCCAGUCACAAGGAUAACCCGCAGCUCCAGCUCUCAGGCCAGACAACCGGACCCCACAGAGACCCAGGACCCAGGUGUUGGUCCGUAUGGAAAACAAAGAAAAAAACAGACAGAUUCUGCUUUGGCCAAGGACCUUAGCCAGAUGAGUGUGAGCGGGCAGGACAGUUUUCCUGUAAGGUGAGGACACAUUAUAGUCAACUUUGGGGGACCUCCUGAUAGCACUAGAGGGAGAUAAUUGACCUACUUAUUGCAUGUUUUUGUCUUGGUGUUUGUCUCAUGACUGUGGUUUGACCGUAGAAACUUGUGUGAUAUCUUUUGAAAGCAGAUCGAUACUGAUUCCUCUUUGUGGGAAAAAAUGGGGAAAAAAUGACUAGAUCAGAAAAGUGAUGACUUUGCCUACAGAGGGUGCCAAAAUCAACUCAAAUCCUCAGAGCGGCUCUAAUAUCUGGAUUUAUCUGUUUUUGAUUGUGCGCUCUCAAACGGCUGAAGUUGCCUCUUUGAGCAAAGGUCAUCUGAGAAGGAAUUAGCAGAUAUCUCCAGAGCAUAAAGAUGGUCCUGUUAAUAUCAAUAAGUAAUAAAUACAACUCACAUAACCCCCAAUUUCCACCACCUGCCACUGAAAAACAAAAAAAGUUCUCUCUGUAAUUUUGAGGUUGUUCCAGAUGAGAAAGACCUGUUUCUCUUAGUCUCUCCUCUCUCUCUUUUCUCCAGUACAGGAAAGAUGUUGAACGGCAGCACCGACUCUUCACAGCCUGGUCACUCCUCAGGGUCCAGAUCUGAUCAGGACACGUCGUCUGCGCUUCCUGUUAAGUCCUCAUCUCGAGGCGGUUUGGCCUCUGUGGCUCGUCUGGUGAAGCUUGGUCGCUGUAAGAAGGUCGUGGUGGUGGCUGGAGCCGGGAUCAGCACAGCGAGUGGCAUCCCAGACUUCAGGUCUGUUUCUCAUUUACACCCUCAUCUUCUCCUUUUAUAUUCCCUUUACAGAUAAACAAACAAAACUAAUUUCUUGAAGUUUGAAGAUGAUCACUGACAUGUCACAUGUGAAAUUGUCUGUAUGUCUUCAUUUUCAGAACUCCAGGAACAGGUCUUUAUGCCAACUUGGAGAAGUACAACAUCCCGUAUCCAGAGGCUGUUUUCAACAUAGACUACUUCAGCAACGACCCUCAGCCUUUCUUCUCUCUGGCCAAGGCUUUGUAUCCAGGCAGCCAUCGACCAAACUACAUACACUACUUCAUCCGCAUGCUUCACCACAAAGGCCUGCUGCUCCGCAUGUACACACAGAACAUCGAUGGACUGGAGAAAUGUAAGAAAGAUCUUUUUAAGGGGAUAUCAACAGGUUCUUGAUGUUGUAAUUUACCUUCAAUGUUGAUUUUUUUCACAGUGUGUGGCAUCCCUGACGACAAACUUGUGGAAGCUCACGGUAGUUUCGCCACAGCUUCCUGUCACCUGUGCUACACUGCUUAUCCCGCUGAAGAUGCAAAAGUAUGUCUGACCCAAUGUUCAAAAUCUGCAGUUAUUCGCUGCAUCUGAUCUUACGGCGAUGCUCCUUUUUCUUUGUGUUGUCUGCAGCACGCUAUCAUGAAUGACAACGUUCCCAUUUGCACGUUCUGCGCCGCCACAGUCAAACCUGAUGUUGUGUUUUUUGGAGAGGAUCUCCCUCAGAAGUAUUUCCUGCACACUAAAGACUUCCCUAAAGCAGACCUGCUGAUCAUUAUGGGCACAUCUUUACAGGUAAACGUCAUGACUUCACAAACUGAUGUUAGGUGGUUUCAAUAUGGUGAUAUUAGAACUUGCAUUGGAUCGACAUAAGAGUUGGAUGUCAGAGCUCGACUUUGAGGUCAGAUUCUGCACCUUUGGCAAAGGGGUUUGAGGGUGUGCCUUAUGUACAUAGAUCCUUUCUGCAACUCUCUCUUCACGUAUAUCCUGUAACUUUCUACCUGUCCUGUCCAGGGAGGCAAAAUGCCCCAAAAGUGUAACUUUAUAAACUGAUAUCAGAUCAAGUCCUGAUGUUGAGUUGCUGUCAAGGCAAGAAGUCAAAUGCCGGGUUCAGGUGUAAACAAAUCUCCAAAAUCAUCAUUUCAGAUUGAGCCAUUUGCCAGCCUGGUGAAUACCGUGCGCUCCACCGUUCCUCGUCUCCUCCUGAACCGACAUGCUGUCGGUCCUUUUGAGAAGGUCCCUCUGCGCAGAGGAGACCACAUGGAGCUGGGGGACCUGGAGGACACGGUGCGGAGGUUUGCUAAAAUCCUCGGUUGGAGCGAUGAGAUUGAAGAGCUGAUGAGGAGCCAGGAGACACUGGUGGGUUUUAGAUCCAAAACUAGGCCCCCUUCUGUGACAUGCUCACCGUAGCUAAUGUCGCCUCAGGUUGUUAAAUGCAAAUACAAACUUAACACAGCUCCCUCUUGAGCCACAUGUGCUGCACAACACACUUCCAUUUGUAAACUUAGCAGAGUUCACGUUCAAUCAACCAGUCUUUAUUUGUAUAGCAAUAAAAAGGAAUAAAAAAAAUAACAAAGAAUACCCUGAUCUACUCCAACCCAAUUCCCCAUUCCCACCCCGCAGUCUAAGAACAACAGAAACAUUUAUUAAAAUGCAUGAACUUAAAAAGGGCUUGAUUUAAUAGAAACAGGAAUGUGCGCACUGAGGAAACACCGUUUUAAAAUUCAAGAUAAGGAAACACUGGAGGUUGAGUUAAAAUCUAAAAACAGAGUAACCUAAAAUGAACUUUAAGAAAAAAAUCAAUAAAAUGAAAUAAAAAACACAGUAAAAGAUAUUAAAAUAAGAGCACCAAAAUAGCUCAGUAGAAGAGAUUAAUGCUAAAAACACUAAAACAAAGUUAAUGAUAUAAAAUUUAGUUAAAAGCAAAACUAAAGAGGUACGUUUUGAGUUUGCUUUUAGACUUUGAGCUGUCUCUCACUCUGUAUUAAAACACUUGUUCUUACCAUUCAUUUCCCUCCCUGCAGAGCAUCCCUCCACUAAUGAGUGGACAGACGCCUUCAGUGGAGACAUGCAGGUCCAAACAAGGAGCUCAGAGGGCAGCCAGCAGCGGCAGCGAGGAGACCGACUCAGAGACAGACAGCAAGAGCUCUGCCUGAACAGGUGACUCUAAAAGCCUCAUGAACCACAGCACUGGAAACCAUCAAGAGUUACUUCCCUCAUUCGUACACAGACAGACUGCGCUCCAGUAACUGUGCACAAGUUACGCACCGUCGUCUUGUUUUCUUCUGGUUGUGCGUCUGUUUGAGUGUAAGAUGUCUUCACCUUUUUGUGUUGACGUCACAGAGUGAGUCAUGUUCAUGUUAUGUUCAUAUGUACAUUGAAAAAUCAGUUUAUCAAGCUAAAAAACAUUUAAAGCACUUAUUAUGAAAGGAGGGUUCAUCGAGAACGCUAGUAAAUAAAUAUCUACGCCCUGUUUCUUCAAGAUUUUUAAUAAGACUUGUUCUAGUUUUAUAUCAGCACAUUACUGACUUUUAAAGAGUUCAAUAAAUGAUUCCUGUUA